ACCGCUCCCGGGCCAAUGGCGGGGAAGCCCACGCCGCCGGCGCCGCGCCGGACAGGCGCAGAGCUUAAGUUGCGGCGGGAGGCGCAGGGGCUCAGACCGCGCUGGGCGGCCGCCAGCUCGCACCUGGCACCUGCUGCCUGCUCUGCCGGGCUAGCGCCGCGUCCCCUCCCGGGGGUGUGUGUUGGGGGGAGCCCUCUUUCCGACUGUCAAAAUGGUUAUCAAAGUGUUUGUUGCCACAUCUUCUGGGUCCAUAGCGAUUAGGAAAAAGCAGCAAGAAGUAGUGGGCUUUUUGGAAGCUAAUAAGAUCGACUUUAAGGAAUUGGACAUUGCUGGAGACGAAGACAACAGGAAGUGGAUGAGGGAGAAUGUUCCUGGAGAGAAGAAACCUCAAAACGGGAUCCCUUUGCCUCCCCAGAUCUUCAAUGAAGAGCAGUAUUGUGGGGAUUUUGACUCUUUCUUCUCUGCCAAAGAAGAGAAUAUUAUUUAUUCAUUUCUUGGUUUGGCUCCCCCUCCAGGCUCAAAGGUGACGAAAUCAUCCGAGGAAGCAUCUUCCCUUCCCAACGGUGAUGUCGUGGGAGAGGUGCAGAGCGCCACAGAGGCAACAGAGAAGGCUGAAGAAAGUGGAGAAAAUGAGGCACAAAAAGAGGACAAUGAGGAAUCGGGUAACCUCGCUGAAUCUCCAGAGAAGAAUACGGAAGAAAUAACCGAAGAGGGAGCAGAAGGGGAAGCAGAGGAAGAGGAAGCUGAAAAAGGAGAAGAAGAACAAGGAGAAGAAGAAGAUUCUUAGGCCUUUUCAUGCUUUAUUUCUUCAACUUUUCCAGAAAACUCAAGCCACGAAGCAGUAUUUCAACCGUCUCCCCCCAAACCAACCUCAACAAAAUGCUUUGGCACAAAGCUAGCACCCCUCUCUCAGUACGCCCGGGGUUCACUGAGGAACUGCGUUAUCUGACAUGGUGACAUGUACGCGGAUAUGUCUCCCCAAUCGUAUCAACGUGAAAUUCUCCGUGAGGACGACACAUAUAUACCUUCAUGUGCCUGACAUCUUUGGCCUUUGCUUAUUUAUUUUAUCUUAUUUUUUGCUCUGCAUGAAUAGAUCUUCUUACUAAUACCCUGAAAAAAAAAAGGAUGUUGAAAAAUGAUUUCAAAACAUACAGCUUCUCCUUGUGACAUAAUCAAAGGAUUUCUUUGUAUGUGCCUUAUGCGACUUGUCUGAUAAUUCACUGAAAAUAAAGAGCUUGGAAAAUAAAGAGCUUUCCAGAAAACAAUCUUCCAAAUAAAGAUUAAUAGCAGA